AUAAAGAAAUACUUUCCCUUUUCUCCAUACUCACCUAUUGCCCUCGAUAUUUGAUAUUUUCCCUAUGCGUACCUGACGAUAACUCCCAUCCAUCUUUCACAAUGGCAAUGCUCGCUUCGAAGUCGUCUUUCCCGGCUUCGCUGGCCUCGUCGGGUUCUACUUUGGUUCCCGGCGCACAGUCAUCUAACAUGCCCCCCGCGAGGAGAUCCCCCGCUGUCCUCGCUGCUGGUCAAGCUUACGCUAGCCCAACCGAGUCCGAGUUUUCUGAUCUCGAAGGGCCUGAUGCAGUCAAGAAUUGGACGGAGGACCAAGUCUGCGAAUAUCUAAGGAGUGUUAAGUGUGGGGAGUAUGAGAAACUAUUUAGGAGAAACAACAUCAAUGGCGAAAACCUACUGGAGAUGGAUAAGGAGGUUCUGAAGGAAAUGGGCAUCGACAAGGUUGGCGAUCGAGUUCGACUAUUCCUGGGCAUUAAGAAGCUUAGAACCAAGGCUUAUGCGAACCAGACGAGACGCAACCGGGAUUCUUUCGGGGUGCUUGAUUCCCAAUACACCCCUUCAUCAUUAGGAUCACCGCGACGUUUCUACGCUACGAAGCGUGCCAUGACCGCCCCAGCUGACAGGAGAUAUUCUCGACAGAUUGAUAUGUCGAGCCUAGCCAUGAACCCAAUGACCGAGCUUGCGAAGUCAGCCUCAAGGCCAACCUCCCCAAUGCCUGGUACCGAUCGAUCCACAGGACGGCAUGCAUACCAACAGAACCAAUCGCAUACACCAAAUUCUAUUGGCCGUGGGCCUACUUCACCGACUAUGCAGGGUCGUCUGGUAAUGACCCAUACGAGAAAUACUUCCAGUCAGGAUGGUUCGCUGAUGGCUGCUUUACCACAGGGUCAAGAUGUCAUCCGCGUCAUCUCCACCGGCGGUGGUACGAAAGUUGUUAAGAUCGCGGACUGCAACACAUGCGAAGAGGUUAUGCGGGUGACACUACGAAAAUUUGCGUUACGAGAAGAUCAUGACCGAAACUAUUGUUUCUGGGUAUUAGCCGGCAUAGACCCCGAUCCUACGCAAUGCCGUCGUCUCGGCGAUACCGAACUAUGGCGUAUCAUUAAGGAUCAGAAGCGGCCGGAGAGAAACCGUCUAAUUCUCCGAAGAGUGCCUUCCGGAGAGCCUGGAGAGCCCGAACUACAAAGGGCCGCAUCUAUCGCCAUGGAAGAGGCGCAGCAAAAUCAUACUGCAGCACUGGGUAAUAUUCAAGGCAAGAAAAGCCAACUCAAGGUAGAGAGUGUGAUGGGUGAGCCCUGGAACGAGGGGCUGCAGCAGCCGUUGUCGCCAAUAUCGACCCGCGAUCGUGAGAGAAACUUGCAUAUUGCUGCUAUGGACCUAGAACGGCCUGCCUCCAACGAUGCGCAGGUCACCCCGAGGAGGAAAGGUGUUCUGAGGCCAUUUGGUGGUCUGAGACCACCGAGCGAGUUAAUUACCUCCGAUCUCACUUCAUACUUCCCUGAUCACCCAAGGGAGGAUAUUGACAGGACAGCCCGUUUAUCCAUGCGCAGGUCUACGCGUUUGAGCAAGGUAAACAGCCGACUUAGCGUUGCUAGCAACCUUAGUUUCGCAUCGAGCAUCCAAGAUGCGCCGCCCAUUCCAACCAUUGCGGAUACUUGGUUGAAUAGCGGUCAGCUCGCCAAGGUUAGGGCUCGUGACAACCAAGGCCGCAUGCCACACCCCUUCCGAGACUCUAUCGCCUCGUCGGUCCUUGACACCCUGCAAGAGGAGUCUCCAAUCGAGCCGAAUCGUAAAUCUUACGUUUCAUUCGCGGAUAGCAGUUCUGAUAGCAACCCGGUCAGCAUCACAGACCCAGAAGGACAUGUUCGCCAAAGCUAUUUCGACGAAACUAGCACACAGGGCUCUGGCUCUCUCAAAGAAAUUACUCAAGCCCUGAGUGAGGAUGGUGAAGAUGCUGACGAGGAACUCCAGAGCUUCUUAGCUGGAGAGUCCUGGGAUGACAACAAGUGGAUGAAAGGUGCCUUAAUCGGCCAGGGAUCAUUUGGUAGUGUAUAUCUGGCCUUACAUGCCGUGACUGGAGAACUCCUUGCCGUCAAGCAAGUCGAGACACCCUCUCCCGGUGCCAAUAGUCAGUCAGAUACUCGAAAGAAGAGCAUGAUCGAGGCACUCAAGCGCGAAAUUAGCCUGCUCCGGGAUCUUCGACACGCCAAUAUCGUACAGUACCUCGGAUGCAGUUCAUCUUCUGAGCACCUUAACAUUUUUCUCGAGUAUGUCCCUGGUGGCUCUGUUCAGACGAUGCUCAAUUCGUAUGGCGCUCUGCCGGAACCCUUGGUCCGCAGCUUUGUUAGGCAGAUUCUGAACGGACUAUCGUACUUGCACAACCAAGAUAUCAUCCACCGCGAUAUCAAGGGCGCCAACAUCCUUGUCGACAACAAGGGCACAAUCAAGAUCUCCGACUUUGGGAUUAGUAAGAAGCUAGAAGCCUCGAAUAUUCUCAACGGUGCCAACAACAACAAGCAUAGGCCCUCCCUCCAGGGCUCUGUGUUUUGGAUGGCCCCUGAAGUGGUAAAACAGACUUCGUACACCCGUAAGGCCGACAUAUGGUCCCUUGGUUGCUUGGUUGUCGAGAUGAUGACUGGAACACACCCAUUCCCCGACUGUAGCCAGCUACAAGCCAUCUUCAAGAUCGGCGGUGGCAAGGCUGCCCCAACUAUACCAGAAAGUGCGAGCCCCGAGGCAACCACUUUCUUAAGCCAGACUUUCGAGAUAGAUCACAACCUGCGCCCCAGUGCAGAUGAGCUUAUGCUUAGUCCAUUCUUGGCUCCUAUCACCUAGGGGGUGUGGGAUUCUUUGAUCUAGCCUUUCGUUCUAGACAGUUCUUUCUC